GUUUACAAAGAUGCUUGGAAAGUACAUUUGUUUUACUUUGUUUCUACCCCGCUUGUCUGUAUCGACUUUCGAUUCCAGACAAUUAAGAUUUCUGCUCACAAGUGACUGACUGGUGACAGUGACAAAAGAAAAGGUAUAUUAAGAGCAUCCAAAAAUGAAUUGUUUUCAUUUAGAUGACUUCCUUGCAGGGUGGAUUGGAGGAGCUUCCAGUGUUAUUGUGGGUCAUCCUCUGGACACAGUCAAGACUCGUUUACAAGCUGGGAAAGGAUACAAGAACACCCUUCACUGUGUCCUCCAAAUCUACAGAAAGGAAACGAUUGCUGGCUUCUUCAAGGGUCUCUCCUUCCCGCUGGCCAGCAUCACUGUGUAUAACUCAGUGGUGUUUGGGUUCUUCAACAACACACAGAGGGUUAUAAGCAAGUUCCGCCAUGGUGACGAGAGACAGUCGUGUGGUAUGCUGGACAUGACCCUGGCCAGCAUGUUGACAGGGCUGAUGUCAGUGGGACUCGGAGCUCCGGUCGACUUAGUUAAGAUAAGACUGCAGAUGCAGACUCUGCCCUGUCUAGCAGAGAACCUGGACCUCGCCGGGACGACCGGAAACGUGAACAGUAACAUCGCCGUGCGCUCCAUGACUCUCCAGGGCCAGCCGACCUACAGAGGGCCCAUCCACUGCAUCAGUUCCAUACUGCGGACCGAGGGGAUCCGGGGGCUUUACAGAGGAGCCGGGGCCAUGGUCCUGAGAGAUGUCCCUGGGUACACGCUGUACUUCAUCCCCUACGCGUUGUUCCGUCGCUGGCUAUCCCCUGAAGGGAGGUCAUCACCUCAUCCCUGUACUGUAUGGGUGUCUGGAGGACUGGCAGGUUCUAUCUCGUGGGUCACGGCUACUCCAGCAGACGUGUUCUAUCUCGUGGGUCACGGCUACUCCAGCAGACGUGUUCUAUCUCGUGGGUCACGGCUACUCCAGCAGACGUGUUCUAUCUCGUGGGUCACGGCUACUCCAGCAGACGUGUUCUAUCUCGUGGGUCACGGCUACUCCAGCAGACGUGUUCUAUCUCGUGGGUCACGGCUACUCCAGCAGACGUGUUUCUGUCUACAGGUUCUAUCUCGUGGGUCACGGCUACUCCAGCAGACGUGUUUCUGUCUACAGGUUCUAUCUCGUGGGUCACGGCUACUCCAGCAGACGUGUUCUAUCUCGUGGGUCACGGCUACUCCAGCAGACGUGUUUCUGUCUACAGGUUCUAUCUCGUGGGUCACGGCUACUCCAGCUGACGUGUUUCUGUCUACAGGUUCUAUCUCGUGGGUCACGGCUACUCCAGCUGACGUGUUUCUGUCUACAGGUUCUAUCUCGUGGGUCACGGCUACUCCAGCAGACGUGGUGAAGAGCAGACUACAGGCUGACGCUCUCCACGCUAGGAAAUACAGAGGGAUUGUCCACUGCGUUGUUCAGAGCUACAAGACCGAGGGGAUACAUGUGUUUUUCCGCGGAGCGUCCGUGAACGCUGUCCGAGGCUUCCCAAUGAGUGCCACCAUGUUUCUGGGCUACGAACUCUCUCUGCAGUUCUUCAGGGGUCUCUAGUGUAUCUACACAAGGAUUAUACAUGAGACAUUAUCUUGACAGUUAUCCUCUUGUCCUAUAGGACACUCCAAAUGGUUUCCUCAGGAAGAUCAUUUGAAUCCUUGCAGCAUGAAAGUAGGGAGUGUCUUGACUUGAGAAUUGAUCUAGUUGAGAAUUAUCUGCGCUACUGGCCAUAAUACAAUCUAUUUAUAAAGUGUAAAUACUCAUUUCUUAUAUUAAGAAAAUAUCUUAAAUGAAAGUGCCUUACAUUAAUUGACAAAUGUAUACAUUUAAAUAUGUUGUGCUAUAAUAUACAGUAACAGUAUGCUUAAUAUAAAGCUGUACUGCAUGAAUUAACUCGUUUUAGGACCCAACAGUUAAAACCAGUUCUAACCUCCAUAAUGAUACGCACAUGAAUCAUUAUAUUUCAUUGGUGCCAGGCUUUUAAUUAAACUGUUUAAACUUUGUGAUUUGUAAAUAAGUAUGAGAGAGAUUAAAUGUCAUUCCUCAAGGAGGCAUAGUUUUGUACAUAAUUUUUUCUUAAAAGUUAUUUUAAAUGUGGGUUUUUUUGGGGGGGGAAUUCUUGUUACGGACUGUUUCUGUACACUUCUACUUGGAAAAUCUAAUAAACAUAUUGUUUCAAUUUAAA